ACGUUCGCCAUUCGCGUAUUUAACCGGGGAACCUUAAAAAAAAUGUGCCUCGAUCACGGCUAAGCGAACUCAUCAGUGCUUUUAAAAGUUAUUAAAGUGAAAAUGUGGAUACGGACAUUUUGACAAAAAUCAACAAUUCAUUGAGUGAUUACAUUUAAUUAUGUAUUCUUCUGUGACUCUCCAUUUUAUUGAAUGACCCAAUCAGAAUGCCCUUGAUAGAAGCAUGGCUCAAAGCAUGGCUCUACUUGGGAUUUAUAAUUGGAUGGUCCGAGGGAACACGUCCGCAAUUCGACUUUUCAACGGAUAUGGGACACGUUUUAGUUCCAGCCGAUGCCGAAGUCAAUUCUACAAUUUUUCGCUUACGUGCUACCGAUCAAGAUGCCGAUUUUCCAUUGACUUUCGAUAUUUAUGGUAAAGCUACAGCAACUCCAGUUGUCCGGGUUGAAAAUUUACCGUGCACUUUGUACAACAAAGUGUGUCAGGCUAACGUGAUUCUUGUGAGACGGUUAAUACCCGGAAGACUACACGACUUCGUUGUUCGAGUUAGAGAUACUAAGGGUGAAUUAAAUUCAAUGCAAGCAACUAUUUCUGUCACCAAUUGCACAACACCUCGUGACAAAAUAUUUCCACACAUUCCAUCACUUGUCAUGGUUCCCGAGGAUGCGAAGCCAGGUACAGAACUUGAUUACAUUUUAGUAAGAGGAAAUCCCUGGAGUGGAAAACCAGUCUACAUAGAAUUGUUGGAACCAAAAGGCUUGUUUAAAAUCAUACAACGACAAACCGCAGCCACUACGCGAGGGGUAAUUACGCUUAUCGGAGAAUUGGAUUUUGAAACUCAAUCCAUGUUCACCCUCACACUGUACGCAACGGAUGCAUACACUGAAUUAGGAAAGGAUACACGUAACAUUGCCGGUUUGAAGGUCGUUGUCGUUGUCAAGGACGUUCAGGAUGUCCCUCCAAUUUUUACACUUGCACCGCCAUUAACAAAAAUUAAUAACACCGUAAAACCGGGCGAUGUUGUCUUAAGAGUUCACGCUGAAGAUGGUGAUAAAGGAGUUCCCAGAGAAAUAACGUAUGGUCUCCUACCGGAUAACAAUCCUUUUGUUACAUUCUUUAACAUUUCGGAAAGCACAGGAGAGAUAUUUUUGGCACGUCCGUUGCAGGAGUUGACACAAAUUACUUAUGUGGGAGCACCAGUGGUGUUGAAAGUGGUCGCCGAAGAAAUUCGACGAAGGAAAGAAGAACCCCCUGCACAAUCAACUGUCGUUGAAGUUGGAUUUCUUCUCGGCGAACCCGGAAAUAAUCCACCUCAUUUUGAAAACGAUAAUUACAUGGCAUGGCUUGUUGAAAAUCCAGAAGCGGGUACAAUAGUGACGUUCAGCGACCCUUAUUCGACAAAAGUCAAAGACGAGGAUGUCGGAAAAGCUGGUGUGUUUGCACUCAAAUUGGAGAACAACAAUGGGACCUUUGAAAUAAGUCCGACAGUUGGUGAACGAGCAGCCAAUUUUAUAAUCACAGUUCGAGAUAAUACGCUCAUUAAUUACGAAAUUCAUCAUAGCCUUAAUUUUAGAAUUAUAGCUCAAGAAGUUGGUCCAGCUACAAAUUUAUCGACGAGUGUUCCUGUAACAAUUCUCUUGCGAGACGUGAAUGACAAUAUACCAAUAUUUGACGAAAAAAAAUACGAAGUCGAUCUUUCCGAAAACACAACAAUGGGAACAAGAGUUAUUCAGGUACAUGCAACUGAUAAGGAUUCAGGAUUGUAUGGAAUGAUACAGUAUACGGGCAUAACGGGAACUGGUAGUGAAGCGUUUACAAUGGAUCCCAAUAGCGGCUUAAUAUCCGUCGCUAUGGGGAAUAAACUCGAUCGAGAAAGGACUCCCCAACUGCAAUUGUCGGUUGAGGCACGAGACGAAGUUGGCAGGGGUCUCAGAGGCGUCGUUCCCUUCAUCGUUAACUUAUUAGACGUCAAUGACAAUGCUCCAAUUUUCGAUAAACCCAGUUACGAAUUUACGCUCAACGCCGAUCUCACAAAUUUCACUCUGCGAGCUUUCAUCAAGGUAAUUUUAAAGUCAAGAGGAUUAUGGGAUGUUGUUUCGGGAACAAGUGCAAGAUCAGAGGAAAAUGCAACUGAAUGGGACAAACUUGAUUCAAAGGCCCAAGAAAUUUUUGUUGUUAGGAUGGACGAAAAGCCUCUCACACAUAUUCUGACAUGCACGACUGCAGCAGAAAUGUGGAAUAAAUUAAAGACAAUAUAUGAACACAAGUCUCAAGUGAGUGUACAUUUGCUGCAACAAAAAUUUUUCAUGUUAGAAUACAACGAGGGUGGUGUGACGGAGUUCAUUUCUCGGAUCGAGGAUAUUAAGAAUAACCUAAAGCAAAUGGGUGAAGAAAUUAGUGACAAAAUGGUUAUUACAAAGGUGUUAAUGUCGUUACCUGAAAGUUUAAAACAUUUUGUAUCAGCAUGGGAAUCUACACCCAGCGAUAAUCAGACUCUAUCAGAUCUCAUGUCUAGAUUGAUGAUCGAAGAGGAAAGAAAUAAAACUGCAGAGCAAGUGACAGCUUUAUCUAUGAGAAGUAAAGACGGUAAGGGACAGAUAAAAGUGAAAUGUUUUUCGUGCAACAAGGAAGGACAUAUGAAAAGAAACUGUCCACAGUUAAAAUCGAAACAAAGUGGCAAAGUUUGUUCGUAUUGUAAAAAAGAAGGACAUUUUUUAAGAGAGUGUUGGUUUAAAAAAAGAAGAGAAGAUAAUAGUGGUAAAACAGGUGAUGGUUCGUCGAGUAAUGUACCACAAGCUUUUGAGGGAAUGUCAAGUGUGAUAAUGUGCGCGGAUUUAAAAGCUCUAAUCGGACAAUCACAUGAUCUCGAAAAUAGGUGGUGGUUGGACAGUGGAGCCACGGAGCACAUGAGUUUUAAUCAGGAAAAUUUUGUGGAAUUAAAUGUGAUAAAUCACAAACGACACGUGAAAGUAGGGAACGGAACACUUUUGGAGGUUAAGGGUAUAGGGAAAGUGAAACUCGAAGCUUGGAAUGGAAAAGAAUGGCGAGAAACCGAAUUGGGUAACGUCUUAUUUGUGCCUGAUUUAGACGUGAAUUUAUUUUCGUUGAGCGCAGUUUUGGACAAGGGAUUCGUGAUGCAAUCGGAUAAAGAAAAAUGCCAAUUAUUGGAUAAAGAUGGGAAUAUACGGGCAAUAGCGAGCAGAGAGGGCAAAUUGUUCGGAAUGAUUUUUAAGAGCAAUAAAUUAUCCCAAUGUAACAUAGUAGAAUCUUUGACCGAUUGGCAUAAAAAACUUGCACACAUAAAUUUCGAUCAGGUGAGAAAAAUUUUAAAAAUGCAUGAUAUAGAUUAUAAAGAGGAAUUAAAUUCUGUUUGCAUUGACUGUCUUGCGGGAAAGCAGCACAGACUCUCAUUUCCAAGGAGUGAAUCAAGAGCAAAAAUAUCAGGUGAGCUUAUACACAUGGAUUUAUGCGGUCCAUUUGAAGUGCCAUCGCUGGGAGGAUCGAGAUAUUUUUUAUUGCUAAAGGAUGAUUUUUCUGGUUACAGACAUGUGUAUUUUGUGAAAAAUAAAUCUGAAGUGAAAGAAAAGGUGUGUAAUUUUUUCCAGUUAGUAGAAAAUCAGACUGGAAAUAAGAUCAUUACUGUACGUAGUGAUAACGGAUUGGAAUUUUUAAACAAAGAUUUGACAGCUGUAACUGAGCGAAUGGGAAUAUGUCACGAGAAAUCUUGUGUUUACACGCCGGAACAAAACGGUAGGGCAGAACGCGAGAUGAGGACGUUAGUGGAGGCAGCCAGAACAUUUCUUCACAGCACACAAUUAGAUAAAAUGUUCUGGGCCGAAGCGAUAAACUCAGUAGUUUUUGUGCUGAAUCGAGUUGGCAGUAGUCCUCAAAAAGAGCACACUCCUUAUCAACUGUGGUACGGAAAGGAGUGUCAGAUGAGUGUUUUCAAACAAUUCGGAUUGAAAGUUUCGGUCCAUGUACCCAAACAGAAAAGGUUAAAACUUGAUGCAAAAAAUAGAAUCGGAACUUUCGUGGGAUACGACGAUUGUGUGAAGGACUUCGAUUAUGAUGAUACAAACGGAGGAGAACCGGAAACGAUCAACGAGGACGAGAAUAAUGGAAGUGUGAUAAGUGAAGAAAAUUUCGAAAGUGUCGGAUCUGACGAUUUGCAGCCAGAAGAAAAUAGUGACAACGAACGAGAUGAGCAACAUCCAAGAAGAAGUGGAAGAGAGAAAAGAAGACCAGCCUGGACAAACGAUUAUGCAAUGGAUUGUGACACGAGUUUUUUCACAAUUACAGAAAGUCCGACUACAUAUGAAGAGGCAGUCUCGUCGGAAAAUGCCGACAAGUGGAAGGAAGCGAUUGAUAAGGAAUUGAAAGUGUUACAUGAAAAUAAUACCUGGACUAUAGUGCAAAAACCGAAUGAUAAAAAAAUCAUUGAAAGCAAGUGGGUUUUUAAACAAAAGAGCGAAAAUGAAUUUAAAGCCAGACUUGUAGCUCGUGGUUUUCAGCAGGAGAGUAGUGAUGAACUUUAUGAUGUGUAUGCUCCAGUCGCGAAAUUGGCUACUUUCAGGAUCUUGCUUGUUGUCGCCAAUAAGUUACAAAAACCGAUACACCAAAUGGAUGUCAGGAGUGCUUUUUUAUACGGCGACAUUGAGGAGGAAGUGUAUAUGUCUCUGCCAGGUAAUGUUGACGAUAUUGUGGUUUAUUUAAACGAAGUUGAAAGAUUAAAAAUCACAUUUAAAAAUAAUUUUUGCAUGAAAGAUUUAGGUAUUGUAUCCCAGUACUUAGGAGUUGAAGUCAAACAAAAUUUAGACGAUGGUGUUACGGAAUUAAGUCAAACAAAUUAUCUAAAAAAGGUUUUAAAUGAUUACGGUAUGCAAGAUUGUAAACCAAUGAACACGCCGGUUGAAUAUAACAUCGAUUUAAACUCUUUGAGAAGCGAAAUGUCAGACCUAAAAAUGCAGAAAAUUUGUCGAAAAAUUGUAGGCAGUUUGAUGUAUGCAGUCAUGGGCACGAGACCAGACUUGUGCGAGAGUGUGAAUUUGCUUAGUCGUUUUCAGGAUAAGGCGAAUGAGAAUUUGCUCAAAGCUCUAAAGAGAGUAUUAAGAUAUGUUAAAGGGACAAUCGAUAUGACACUGUUUUUUAAACCGAAUUGUGAAAAAAAUAUUUUACAUGGCUUUGUAGAUUCAGAUUGGGGUGGCGACACCACAGACAGGAAAUCCACUACAGGUUAUGUAUUUAAGAUGUAUGAUUGUACUGUCUCAUGGGUUAGUCGAAAACAACAAACCGUGGCUAUUUCAUCUACGGAAUCAGAAUUUGUGGCUCUGAGUUUGGCGGCAACGGACGCUGAUUCCGAGCCGCCAAACAAUGUGGUACAUUACGAAAUUAUAAACGGCAACUACAACAACAAAUUUUAUUUGAACGAGGUUACAGGUGAAUUGGUUUUACGAGAACCUGUUAACAAAACACGAUACAUUAGACAAAACACUCAUUUAGAGAACAAAAAGCAACAACCGUCAUCAAAUUAUAAUUUCAAUUUUAAUGGAAAUAAAAGUCUAAAUUUUUUAAAUUUCACAAAAAAAUUUAAUAACAGAAAUUUGAAUUAUAGAAAAAAUGGUGAAAACAUUUUUUCCAAUAGUGGAAACUUUAGAACGAAAAGAGCUGAGAAUAAUCCACUAUUUACAUUGACUGCAAGAGCCUACGAUCAGGGUGUACCACAUCUUUCAAGUCAGACGCAAAUACGAGUGUUCAGAGGAACUGAGAUGGGUGAUCGCAUUGUGUAUUUUGUAAUGCCUGAAGAACAUCCGGAUCCAGUGAAAACUGCCGACACAUUAGCUACCAUUACUGGGGGAAUUGUUAUUAUUAGGAAAAUUCGACCAUACAUACCUCAGACAAGUGAUGAUCCUGAGAGUGGAAAAAAAAGUAUAAUUGAGGCACAAGUCGAGCAAAAAGGAACUGGCACAUUAGUGGACAUUGAAAAAAUUCGUCACAUACUAGAAGCAAAAGGAGUGGGUGUAAUAAUGCCUACGUCCAAUACAGGAGUCACUGGAGACACAAAAAUUAUCACCAACAGUUCAGUUACAAUUCACGACAAAGAAGUAAUAACAUACAAGGCGGAGAAUAAAAUUUUGACAUGGCUAUUGAUUCUCUUGGGACUUCUUAUCCUGCUCGCUAUUAUAUGCUUGAUAAUCUGUUGCAUAUGCCCUGGAUGUCCCUUUUACAUGGAACCCAGAAAGAGAAGAAUACAUUCGACUGAAACGCUCAUUUAUCGGGACGAUGGGAGACCAAAAAAGCAUCUUCGUCGAAAGCGGACAAAUCUUGAUGCUAUCGUGUCAGAUGGUACGAAAAAGCAAGCAUGGAGUGCAGAUCCCAUAAAGCAAAAUUGGCAAUUCAAUCGAAGGAAUACGAAACAGUAUGGUUUGGCAUCCCUUCCUGGCGACGUGGCUCAUGAAACUUCAGUGGACAUUGAGGCAAAAAGGAACGCCUUGUCUUUAAGAUUACAACCCGAUAGUCCAGCUCCGAUCCACAAGUUUCGCGAUUUCGCGCGUAAAUCAGAUGAUGACAGAAUUUACAUCGAGGACGUUGAGGGCCAAACGAGAAAUUACGAGGCAGAUAUGGAUUCAAUUCGAAGACACGAGAUCGCCAGGGGAUCGGAUAUAUCGCGCCAGAGACAUUUGGCUCAGCAGAUUGCCAAUCAGAAAGCGAACGUUCGCGAGCAGCACUUCUUUCGAGAAGGCAACGCCGAAGUCCUCCGACUAGUCACCAGAGGCCAAGAAGAGGAGCGUCUCAGGGAACUUCAAGAACAUGGCCAAAUCCAUCGACCAAUGACUCUGGUGAUUGAUCAACAAUCUCAUCUCUACCGAGACGGAAAAGAAAUCCUCCUGCAAAGAUUCAUCGAGGAUCAGGAAAUCAGACAAGACCUUCUGGGAAGUAGACUUGAUAUCGAGGGUCUCAGUAUGGAAUCCCAUCAGCAUCCGAAGGAAGUAUCGCCAAGACGUCAGGAAAUUUUGCUAAUUCCCCAAAGACUAGAGACUGACACUCUUCAAAAUUACCAGUUUGAAAGAAUCGCGCCAUCUGGUCAGAGAAUUCUUGUCGAUCAAGGAGAUUAUGUAGAGACACGUCAAGUUGACGUUAGUCUCAAUCUACAAGGUGGAAGGGAACCGCAAGGACCCAGAAAUGGAGGUGGCGAAGCGUUGGCCAGCAAUCCAGCGUCAAAAAGCCUUGAAAAUUCAACCGACGACACCAGAAAUCCGGACCAGACAAAUGUUCAGACUUACACCAUAAACGAAGUGGAACUAUUCAGACAAAAUGCCCUCCUAACUCGCCUUCUUCUAGAGAAGGAAGCAAAUCGCGGUGCCAUAGGUAAUUUAGAUACAGGCAGUUAUCUAGAAACCCAAAGUCUUCCAGGUCAAGUGGCCAUGGCAACCCAGACGGACAGAACGACCUCCACUCAAACAGACCGUCAACUACGCAGCCGAAGUGACAACGACGAAUCCGAUGAUGAAAAUCAAUUACGAAAGAAAACGAAGGUCAAGAAAAAGGUCCAACCUAAACUAAUGAAAACUAUAUGGAUCAAGUCGAUACCAGAAGAAAUCCCCAAAAGUUCAAAAACCACUAAACGAACACCAGUUUCACCCGAGGUACUCCAGGAGAUUUCCGAUUCGCUCGACGAUGUUGUCAAUAGCACAUCCCCAAUAGACGAAGACGAAGAAGAAUCUUCCUUCCAAAUCCAUCGGCGAACCCUAAAAGACAGUUCUGUUAGUAAAACUGAAGAUUCCACUACUCCCGAAACAGAAAAAGAACAAAUCAAAAACAAAAUAAAAAAAACCCUAAUUGAGAGGAAAAAAGAACCCAGUUUUCGCAUACUAGAAAAAGAAAUUACAAGUUUACAAAAAAGAAUACGCACCUUCGGUCAGAAACAGUACGAAAAAAUCAAUCAUCAAACGGAGGACGACUCUGAGGAGAAAAAAGAUCGAAAAAAAGAAAAAUUAAAAAAAGAAUCAGCUUCAAGAAAAGAUUCCAAACAAUCGACAAGGGAUUCCAAAUAUUUUGCAAAGCAUAAAACAAACUCGUUGCCAAAGGAAUCUGAGAGGAGAAAGAGACCAAUUGAACGAAAAGAGAAACAAACUGCGUCAAAUUCCGAAUUUUCCGAAUCGGAUAAGAAGGAAGCAAUUUUCAAAAAAACUGACGAGAAACCGACUAAACGACCGUUUAAAAUAAAAAGGCAAUCGAGACUACAAGUUUCAAAAGGAGCAAUGAAAAAUAUAAUUUCCCGAACUAAGGAAGCAACUAAACGAAAAGUUAGGGAACUGAAAAAAAGCGACGAUUCCUCUGGCGAAAAGCAAUUAAUCACAAGUUUAAAAGUUACGCAAGCACCUAAAAUUCACGAAUCAGAUACAACACAAACUGCCUAUACGAUCGUUAGCGCCCGCAUGGAGAGUCCUCCGACGAAACUGAUUUCUGACAAGCAUCAAAAAGCAGAAAAUCCCACAAAAAUAAAAGAGGAAAGUAAAUUUGCUACUCAAGACAAUAUACGUUCAACUGAUGAUAGAAUAAAAAGAAUUUCCCCUACAGAUAAAAGAGAUUUUUCUACCAUUGAAAAAAGUUCUACAGAAUCAAAAUUUAAAGACGGAACGUCGCCAAAGUUGAAAAAAGAUGAAAAUACAAGGAAGGAGAUUGUAGAGCAAAAACAAUUAGACUCGUCUGGGAAAUUAUUUUCGAAAGAAACAAUCGAAAAUGAAGUGAUAAAGGAACUGAGGGAAAUUAAAAACGGUGGGAAUAAAAUAAUAGCGGAGAAGAAGGAGCAAUUGGUAGAAAAGGCGACCGUCAAAAAAGAACAAUUGAAAGAAGAGGGAAAAAUUAACAAGGAACAACUAAAAGAAGAGGGAAAAAUUAACAAGAAGCAACUAAAAGAAGAGGGAAAAAUAAAGAAAGAGCAGUUUCUAGAAAAAGUAUCAUAUAAAAAGGAGGAAGCAAAAAUUAAGAAGGAAAUGGUUGAGAAAAUAGAAGAUAAGAAGGAGCAAUUGGUGAAGGGGGCAGAAAUUAAGAAGGAGCAGUUGGUGGAGGAAGCGAAAAUUAAGAAGGAGCAAUUGGUGGACGAAGCAAAAAUUAAGAAGGAUCAGUUGACAGGAAUAGUAACAGACAUGGUAGCAGAUGCAAAAAGUAACAAGGAUCAACUUGUAGAGACACUGUCAGAAAAAAAGGACCAAUUGCUAGGAAAAGCAACUGAUAAGAAGGAACAAUUAGCAGAAAAAAUAGCAGAUAAAGCAGACCAAUUUAUAGGAAAAGUAACCAAUAAGAAGGAUCAAGCGAUAAACGAAGUAAUGAAUAAAAAUAAUCACUUGAUAAAAGAGGUAACAGAUAAAAAGGACCAGUUGCUGAAAGAGGUAACAGAUAAAAAGGACCAGUUGCUAAAAGAGGUAACAGAUGAAAAGGAUCAGUUGUUAAAAGAAGCAACAAACACGAAAGACGAAUUAGUUGAAGAAAUAACAGACAAGAAGGAACAGUUAAUGGAAAAAGUAACGUCUAAGAAAGACCAAAUAGCAGAAGAAGCGAGAGGUAUUAAAAACCAAAUAGUAGAAGAUGCGUUGAAUAUUAAGAACCAAAUAGUAGAAGACGCAGCAACUAUUAAGAACCAAAUAACAGAAGAAGCAACAGGUGUUAAGAAAAAAAUAGUAGAAGAUGCAGCAAUUAUUAAGGACCAAAUAAAAGAAGAAGCAAAAGGUGUUAAGAACCAAAUAGUAGGAGGAACCGUAAAUACUACAAAGCAAAUAACAGAAGAGACAAAAGGUGUUAAGAACCAAAUAGUAGGAGAAGCAAUAAGCACUACAAAGCAAAUAACAGAAGAUGCAAAAGGUAUUAAGAACCAAAUAGUAGGAGAAACAAUAAGCACUACAAAGCAGAUAACAGAAGAAGCAAAAGAUGUUAAAAACCAAAUAACAGAAGCAUCGAAAGGUAUUAAGAACCAAAUAGUAGAAGCAACAGGUAUUAGAAACCAAAUAACAGAAGAAGCAAAAGGUGUUAGGAACCAUGUGAUAGAAGAAGCAACAGAUAAAAAGAACAAAUUGUUAACUUCAACAGAAAAGGAUCAAUCGGUAAAAGAGUUAACGGAUGACAAGAUGCAAUUAAUGUAUACAACAGCAGACACAAUGGACAACUUAGUAGACGUAGUAAGUGAAGCAAUGAAUAAACUAAUGCCAUUAGCAACAAGCGAUAAAAUUACCAAACAAGCAGAAGUACCUACUGACGAAUCUCCAAAAACUUUCCAAAAAGACGAAAAACAAGGUCUGAAAGACAAAAGUUCUACAGAUGUUGCAGAACAAAAAGAAUCCAGUGACAUUCUAAAGUCACUAAUGCUGGAAUCGGAUGACUUGAGGUUCAUAGACGAUUCCCAGGAAUCAACAGUGGACACAAGUGAUGAGACUGACACAACAAUUAAGCAAUUUGAAAACAUACAAGAAAUCAAUAAGACUGACAGUGAUUCAAGAACGAUAUCGUCUGAUGCACAAUUUGAAGAAAAAUCUAGUGAAACUUCGAGUACAGAGAAAGAUGGAACAAAAUUUACCGAAGAGAGUGAAACUUCUGACGAUUUAAAAGUAGGAGAAAUAUCUGACUCGAUUCGACAGAAUCCCGAAAGUAGUUCCGAUAGUUCGCGAACUGUUUCUAAAGAAAAAGCAUUCAGGUUACUACGUACAUCUACUGAUUCGUUUGUAGAUCAUGAGCAAUCUCUGAAAAGUUCUAUGGAUUCCCAAACAUCUGAAGAUUCUCCCAGUGACAGAAAAAGCGUUACAGAAGAAAAUGCAAAUGGAGAAACUAAUAACACAAAGGAUAAGAGCAUAAAAACUGUGUCUAAAGAGACGUCACAGUUUGUUAAUUUGGAUCAAAGUAGUCCGUAUAAAAAAUUAGGUGUAAUUGUCGAAAAGGCAUUGGCAGAUAGGGACAAAUCGGGUAUGAAAAAACAAUUAGCGGAAAUUGAUAAACAAGACCCAAGUGUGAUUAAUUUAACUUUCAGACACGAAGAACAUGAGCGUAAAAUGGCUAAAGUUUUACUAGAGGAACAACAACGGUUGCAAAGAUUGGAAUUACUGUACAAACAAUUUAGUGGUACGACAGACUCCGAUAGUGAUUCAUCAACCGACAGUGAUAUGUCCAGUAAAACAAUGUUGACAACUCAACCGUAUCAUACUCCUCGACAUUCACCAAAAGUCUCAGCUACUAAAGAUUCGAAAAAGAUUUCUGAAAAUCUGUCGAAAAAUAAAACAGAAAAAGAAAGUACUUCGCGAAUAUUGAGACAAACUGCACUUGACAUUGAAGAUACAUCGGAAAUUAGGAAGCAAACCAAACUGCCUCCUACUGUUACAGAAGUAAAGAGGAAAAACAUUAAAGAACAACAAAAAUUAAAGACACCAAAACCCAUGCCAAAAAAAGAGAGCAAAAAUCAAAAUUUGGUCCCUAAACAGCAAAAUCUUCAAGAGGAGAAUGUAAGGAGACAAAUCAAAAGAGAUAAAUCACCGAUGGUAAAAGUACCCAACGACACCAAAAAAUUUGCAAUUGAGAAAACGACAAAAGUCGAAGAUGCAAAAAAGGAGAAAGUUAAUGUAAAAUCUCCCGCAGCAACUGAAAAUGGAAGAGUGUUAAAAAAGGGAAAAACCGAUCAUGAAAAGAGAAAACAAAGAAAUAUAUCUCCUCAGAAGGAAAUAAGACUUCGAGAUAAGUCGCCAAUUCUACUUCAGACAGAACAAAAAUCACCCCGAAGAAAAUCCGCCAAGGAGCAAACAGCAAACAAGUCCCACUUCCCCGAAUGGGGACAACAUCCUGAAAAGCAACCUAAAUCAAAAGUUUCUUCUAAAACAGAAGGUUUCGAACCUGAACAACAUCCUCCAAAGCAUCCUAAAUCAAAAACUGAUUCUAAAACAGAAGGUUCUGAACCGGAACAACAUCCUGCUAAGCAACCUAAAUCAAAAACUGAUUCUAAAACAGAAGGUUCCGAACUGGAACAACAUCCUGCUAAGCAACCUAAAUCAAAAACUGCUUUCAGAACAGAAGAUACCGAACCAGAACAACAUCCUCCAAAGCAACCUGAAUCAGAAACGGGUCCCAAACAAGAAAUUUUUGAACUAGAACAACAUCCUCAAAAGCAACCCAAAUCAAAAACGGAUCCCAAAACAGAACCAGAAUCCAUAAAGGCAGAAUCAAGAUACAUGUCAUGGUACAAGCAUAAACGAGAGGAAAUGAAAAUGAAACGACAGGAACGAAAAUCAGCAGAGGAGGAAAAGCAGAAACCCCGUUGGAUGAAAACAUCACCACACGGGAAACAAAAGGAACAAGCAAAAUCACCAAAAUCAGAGGGAACACCAAAACCCAAACACAAAGUGAAACCGUCAAUAAAUGUUGAAUCCGAGCAACUAAAAGCUAUCGUUCGCCAGGGAAGAAAAUUGCGAAAAGAUAAAUUGGAUGAUGAAGAUGUGACUGUGCAAAUUUUUACACCAAAACGACCACCACCAUCAUCAUCAACAGAAAGUAUAUUGCAACCAAUUCCAAAACAUCCUCUAAUACAACAUUCCGAGUACAAGUACGAGAAAAUACCGCAGCCAUUUUAUCUUCAUCCACCACCGGCACCAUAUCCCUCGCCACAAGAUUCGCCUGAACAUUAUCACGUGCAUGAGACAAGAAAAAUUGACGACGAUUUAGAUUCUGGAAUUGCAGUAUCACUACAAGGUGGUACAAAAUUGAGACAUCAACAAUUGUUGGAGAAAAAAAGUGUGUUCGAUAUUGCCUAUAGUGAGGCUGCGCCUUCACAUCUUCGCUCUGACAGCAGUACACCGCCAUCCUAGACAGGAGAUUAAAUUAUUUUUAAAAAGAUUUAUCCGUAACUGACAGAAAUGAUUUGUUCAAGAAUUUGUUACUUUGUAAUUGAAACAGUCAAAUUUAGUUUGAAUGAUUUGUAAUUAUGUGCCUACUGAUUAUGCAAAACUAGUGUAUUUGUAUCUUUUAAGAGGAAUACUGUUAUCUAAACUUGAAUUUAACAAUUACCCAAGUGGGAAAAUAAAAAGGGACAAAAAACCGAAAUAAAUAUUUUAGAAACUCCAAAAAUUUCGGAUACAACAUAGCAAUCAAAUUUUUUUAAAAUAGGUAGAUUUGCUUGAACUCAUUACACUAGAGACUCCAUAGAGAGUGACUCUAUAUAGAGAGUAAAACUUUGGUCGCGACGCAGUAGGGGGACAGAAGGAGAGAGGCGUUAACGAAAUUGAAAAAGUCGAAACAGGAGCGGUUGUUUUGAGUGUUCCUUUGAUAAAUAUUCGUUACGUUUAAGUAUGGUAGUUUCGUUAUUGUGGUUUUGUUUAAAUAAAAGUUAUUAAUUAUUAUCCGACAUCUUCUAGAUGCAUAAAAAAAUAAAAUAUAUUAGAAUGUAUAUUAAAAUAGGCAUUGUACAAAGAGACACAUUUUUAUUAUUCAAUGUACAAUCCUGUGUGUUUACAGUUUUCGUCGCCGGGGGUGGCGUCAAAGAGGAACUCCAUAGAGAGGGCUACGGACUCGGACUCUACUCUCUAUGGAAUCUCCAGUGUAGUAGGGGGUUUUACAAAUGCUAAAUUGAAAUUUUAUUGUCAAUUUAAAAAUUCAAUAUGUCGAACCAAUAUGGCGGAAAAUUGUUAAAUUGAAUCUUUUCCAUCAAAAUGUGAUACUAGAGAGUUUUUGAGCUCGACAAAGCAGAAGUUUAUAUCAGAUUUUAAAAAUUCAAAAUGGCGGAUAUCUUAUUUCUCAUCAUCCAAACAUUUUGAAUGAUAAUGUAACUAGACAAUUUUUUUAACUAAAAAUCUUAAAAAAUAAUCGUAAAACAAAUCAUUUCUUUCAG